UGUUAGGACCCAGAGAAGAGGCAGCACCGGCGCGAUAUAAAUAGAGUACCAGAAUGGGACAAAGUUUGCGGAGAAAUAAUGACAUCACUCAGGCUCGCUCUCCACCCAAAAAGAUCUGGGAUGGAGGUGCAAACGUGAGCUGGGCGAGCGAGGAGUUUGCAGCUCCUUUCGGCUCAGUUUCUGAGGGGACAGGCAGGGUUUUCCGCCCGAUGUGCUAUAAGGAAGUGCAUUUUCUUGCGAGCAAAACUGCGACCGGCUCCGGCUCUCUGACAACCUGAAAGUGAUUGCAAGGAAAGGACAACCCUAGGAAGAAAGUUGAAAGCAGGAUCUUUUUGUUUUUUGGAGCAGAAACAGAAAUAUUUGACUCCUUUCCACGGCACAGCACAACUUUCGGAUUUCUUUUAAUUCUUUUAAUUCUCCUCCGAUCACGGGAAUUUAUUUGGAGUUAAAUGAAGAUAUCAAAGUGUGAAGCAGGAAAAUACUACUCAAAGGGUCUGGAAGGAUAUUUUACCAUCACUGAAGGAAUGGACUUUCUGAACCUGCACAGAAAAUGACCUUUUCAAUACCAAAAGUAGCAAAGGAAAACUUAUGAUUGAAAUCUUACAGGAGUUUGAUUUCAGUUGUACUUUUAACCUGAAGUAGACCAUGGAAAGUUUAUUAUCCCUGCUCUGUUGUCAUUAUUCUUUGCUGAUUUUAUUUCAGCAGAAAUACCAGGUGUAUGGAAACUAUUCCCAGCUACCCAAACACCCAGGGUUCAAAGUUCUCGCCUCAGCUUCCCAUUACUGGCCACUGGAAGAUGUGGAUGGAAUUCAUGAGUUUCGGGAUACCAAUGGAGCUCUAAGAAUCCACAACUUCACUGUGCUCCCCUCCCAUAACUCUACCUUUGUAUAUACCAAUGACUCUGCCUACUCUAACUUCUCUGCAACUGUAGAUAUUGUAGAAGGAAUGGUGAACAAAGGCAUUUACGUCACUGAAAAGAAAGGAGUCACCUUUCUCUUCUUUGGAAGCUACCAAAAUUCUUGCAUUAGUAAUCCUGAAGUUUGUGGACCUGAAGGAGUAACAUUUUCCUUUUUCUGGAAGACUCAAGACCAACAGGCCAAGUUUCUCCCUGCCUCUGGUGGACGAGUAAUUUCCAGUGGCUUCAAAAUCUGUUCAAACGAAGGUGAAGGCUCAGUGGAAUUUUACACCCGUGGGAAUGCAAUGAUGAAGUGGAAAGCAAGCUUUAGUCCACCAGGCCCUUACUGGACUCACAUUCUCUUUACUUGGAAAUCAAGAGAAGGACUGAAGGUCUAUGUCAAUGGGACUCUGAACACAACGGACCCAGAUGGGAAAGUUUUCUACGAUUAUGGAGACCCCAGUGCCAACCUCCUGACGGGGACAGAGGGGGACCAGAGCAAGCGCUACGUGAACGGGGCAUUCGAUGAGUUCAUCAUCUGGGAGAGGGCUCUGACCCCCCAUGAGGUGGAGCAGUACUUCACAGCUGCUAUUGGUGUGCAAGUUUUGCUUUCUUCAACAAUUCCAUGGUCUCUGAUGACAACCACUGCAAAACCUGUGCUCUCCACAAACGCCUAUCGACCCAUCAUCACCAACCUCACCCAGGAGAGAGGGAAUUUCCGCUCCCCCGACACCUCGCUGGGGUACCUGGAGAACGUGUCCUUCAGCCUGCCCAACGAAUCCUUGUCAGAAAACACUGCUCUGAGCCUCACAGAGGCAUUUUUAAAAGCUGUUGAAGACUUUAUGUUAUUGCCCAACCUGAUUGAUGGACCACAGACAGCCCUCGUGUUGGGCAGUUUGAUCCAGACCAUCGACACGGUGAUGUCCCACGUGACGUGCAACCUGGACGAGGACUCCCUUCCCUUGACCGUCGAGGGCAUGUCGCCUGUGGCAGAUUACACUCUGCUCAAAAUGCAUCCUCAGACUCUGAAUUUGUCCCACUAUCGAUUUCCAUCUCGAGGGCAGAGUUAUAUUUCCAUUCCCAGUGAAGCUUUCCAUGAAAAAGCUUGGAUCACCAUUGUCGGCCUGCUUUACCAUAACAUGCAUUAUUUCUUUCAUAACAUCGACCCUAUGGAUACCAAGAUUGCUGAAGCUGCUGCCUACAAAGGUUAUAUGAUCUCAGCAACCAGUUAUCUCAUCUCUAUCAAAGUGGAGCCUCUACCCAAGCUGUCCCACAAUCUGUCAGGAUCUCCUCUCAUCACCAUCCAGCUCACCCACAAAUUGACGCCCAGACAAUACAGCCAAGCACUAAACAAGAGUAACAGAGUUCAUCUUUACUGUGCAUUUCUGGACUAUAGCAAUGGAACCGGUGUUUGGUCCAACGAAGGCUGUGUGCGUGAGAGUGGGGACCUCAACUACUCGGUGUGUCUCUGCAACCACCUCACUAACUUUGCCAUUCUGAUGCAAGUGGUGCCUCUGAAGCUAGCAAGAGAACACCAGGUGGCCCUCUCCUCCAUCACUUACAUUGGCUGUGCUCUGUCCAUCUUCUGCCUGACGAUCACGCUGGUCACAUUUGCUAUAUUGUCCUCCGUCAGCACCAUCCGCAACCAGCGCUAUCACAUCCACGCCAAUCUGUCCUUUGCAGUCCUGGUGGCCCAGAUCCUGCUCCUCACCAGCUUCCAGUUCAGCCCUGGAACUGUGCCUUGCAAGAUCUUGGCCAUUCUCCUUCAUUUUUUCUUCCUGAGUGCUUUUGCAUGGAUGCUGGUGGAAGGAUUUCAUCUCUACAGUAUGGUGAUCAAAGUAUUUGGGUCAGAAGAAAGCAAGCACUUAUACUAUUAUGGAGUUGGAUGGGGCUGCCCACUGGUGAUUUGUGUCAUUUCUGCAUCAUCAUCCCUACACAGCUAUGGAGAAAGUGGCAACUGCUGGCUUUCACUGGAGAAUGGAGCAAUCUGGGCUUUUGUGGCGCCGGCGAUGUUUGUCAUUCUGGUCAAUAUUGGCAUCCUCAUCGCUGUCACCAGAGUCAUCUCCAGAAUCAGUGCAGACAACUACAAGGUCCAUGGAGAUGCUAAUGCCUUCAAACUAACAGCUAAAGCCGUCGCUGUUCUCUUACCAAUCUUGGGAAGCUCAUGGAUCUUUGGGAUUUUGGCUGUCAAUGCCCACGCAUUAGUAUUUCAGUAUAUAUUCGCUGUGUUCAAUUCACUACAAGGAUUUUUCAUGUUCCUGUUUCACUGCCUUCUGAACUCGGAGGUCAGAGCUGCCUUUAAGCACAAAACCAAGGUCUGGUCCCUCACCAGUAGUUCCACUCGCAACAUCAACGUGAAACCCUUCAAUUCAGACAUUAUGACUGGGAACAGGCCAGGCACAAGCCCCACAAAGCUGAACACCUGGGAUAAAAGCACCAACUCAGCCAACCGCAUUGAUUUGUCAGCAGUGUGACAGUAACACCAGCUCCUCGGAGAAAACCAAGCCAUACAUUCAGGACCUCUGACACCGUGUCCACCAGCUUUUUCUCACUGUUUGUGACAGUAGAAAACUGCCUUUUUUUUUUUUUUUAUAGUCACUGCCUAAUAAAUUGGGAAUUGCCAUACUGUUUUGUCGAGUAAAUAGCCCUCAUCUGCUUGCCUUCAGAACUGUAACACAUUCUACCACUUGGCUCUUGGCAAUAUCUAUAAAAAUAACUAGCACAAAUAUACACUGGAUGGUUUUGUCAGCGAUGAUGAAAACACGAGGUAUGCAAAAAAAGGGCUUAUUGCUCUCGGAAUCAUUCCAGCUCCCAGGACUGAGGAAAGGCAACACACCUCUGGAAAGAUGGAUUUUUAUGCUCUGAAAUGAAAUGCUUCCCGUUGUGGUGUUGUAAUGGGGCUAUUCUGGACUCGCUGUGCUCUCUCUUUAAAUAACAUUUAUUACCUUACAGAAUCCAGUUAUUGAAGUGAAGUGUAUUCCAAAUAAUAUGGUGAUUAAUUUAAAUCUGCAAGGAAGCCAGGACUUGAGGGAGAAGCAGGUUCCAGCUACUCCACUCCCAGUGUGGGCAGGGAUUAGCAAAGCUAAUCCACACGUCUCUAUGCACAUAAAGCGCACACAUAACACGUAAAACUCCUGUAUGUGGUCUAUUAGUAUUUUAGAUCUUCCUGUUGACACCUUAUCUAUCAGAGGCAGAAAUGGCUAAGGUUGUCCCCCAGCAGCCCAGAGCCUCUGUGUUGCUGAUUUGUGUCUGCUGACAUAUCUCAGUACAAAUUAUUCCACUGCUUUACCUGGAGCCUUGGGAUGCAAUCAACAACUGUCCAUCAAGUGCAUUUCUUACACUCACUGUAGCUUUUGGAAAUCAAAACCUGGCACUGUGACUUAUCUUUCUCCUUUUACUGGUUCAUUUCAAGACACUGAAUUCCUGCCACAAAGAUGAAACACAAUGAUACACUGUGAAGACAGCCAGCCUACAAAUAAGUCUAUGUAUUGUUACCUACAGACAGCUUUUAAAUAGGUCUCUGCAGCCUCUUCUGUGGUUUUAAACUCUGCUCAGCAUUUAAUAGCUGCUGUUUUAGUACUGCUAUGAAGUACCUCUAAGGAGAAAAAAAGCCACACUGCACUGUUUGUUUUGAGCAGUGUUUUAUAGGUUCUCAGAGUGGUGUUUGGAGCACGAGGGAGUUCAACCUCCCUGUGCCAAUCGUGCACCUUCCCGGCUGGAGAAAAGCAGAGUUUAAGUCCUGGGGGUGGUCAGAGCCCCUAAGGAUGUGCCUUGCUCUAGGACUUGGCAGCCAGGGUCUCCAGAGCAAUUUCCAAAGACGAGAUCCCCUCCCCUCGUCUCCUUAUCCCCAGCUCCUCCUUGUGUGCAGUAGCACUCCCCAUCACAGCCUGGGUACACUGGUUUGCAGGAAUCACCAAGGUAAUUAGCUUUCCUAAUACACUGAGCUCUCAAAGUACUAAAACAAGCAGGAAAUAUGCAAAUCUUCAGCCUCAUGUUUUGCUAAGAAGUUUUGUGCUGAUUUUUUUUGUUUGUUUGUUUUUACCUUAAUUAAAUGUUUGUAUCUUCAGCAGCUCAGACCGUUUCUGCUCCCAGUGAAUCCAGCAAGAUAUCUGCUGUUGAUUUCUAAGAGAACAGGAAUUCUAAUGUGCAGAGUGGAAAUUUUGUAUUGGAUAGCAAACUUCUCAAAAAGAAAAUAAAAGUAAAUUGAUCUUUAGGGAACAGGAAACAUCCAUCAUUUGGGACUGAAUGUAGGAAAGUGUUUAAUCCAAAAGACGUGGAUUUUGAAAGUUUAGAAAAACUUAAUGCAUUUCAUUUCUGUUUGAUCCCAAAUUAAUUUUUGUUCAUGUUUCCUUCCCACAUUAACAAAAAUGAUCUGUUUUAGUUUGGACAAAACUUUUCUCCCCAUUCCCCUUCCUGGCUAAGACUUGUUGGUGUGGUCCCCAAACUGAAAGCCCAGACCCCACCCAAGUUAGUCUGGGACUACAAAUUAAAACAUUCUAAAGAAAUUAUCUUAUUUGCACCAGAUCAGUGCUGGAUUUCUGCAGCUGGAACAGAGCAGAACGUGGCAUACUGCAUAUCACACAUAUACAUGCAUGAAAUAUAUAGGCUUUAAUCUUGUGUUUCCUAACGCUAAAUAACUCCAAUUGUUGACAACUAACUCUAAAUGCAGGGUCAGUAAAAGCUAAAUAUGUAAAAUGGCUGUGUCUUUAUUUUGGCUUUUGUGUAUGGCUUUUUCCUACCUUUCCUGCAUUGCUCUGCCUUACAGCUGUGCAAAUAUAUGGGCUUUUCUUGGCCUGAAAAUAUUUUUUUUUGCCCCAAAAGACGUAGUAGACGGAGCCCUUGGAAUGUAUGGAGGAGAUUGUGACAGAACAGUACUGUGACAGCAGAGUUCAGAGUUUGUAUUGUGUGCAGACAACAUAUUUAAGCAUAUUUUUUAUACUGGAGCUUAUGAGUUUUUUUGUUGUGGGUCUAUUUUUUUGGUUUGUUUUUGGUUUUGUUUUUUCUUUUUUUACACUGUGACCACAGAUAUAGAUUGAAACCCUCCUUGAUCAUUUCUCUUCUAAUCCUUGUAUUAUAGCACAAACAGUUCUGUGAGUGAACCAGACAACAUACCAAAGCUUGGUUUUAAAAUCUUAAUUUUCAGAGUGUUCCCCUCUAGACAAUUUUCAUUGCCUGCAUUUCCUCCUGUGCUGACGUUCACUGGUCACCUCUGUCACUGCCCAAGGUCCAUUUGAAAAAAAAAAAAAUUUAAAAUUGUUCUCCGAAAACCAAGAUGAAUACAUGAAAAUGCAUUUGGCCUUAUCCUUUUGAAUGUGACAGAGAUUUAUUGUGUGUUGAGGGAGCAUUUGCUAUCCUGUAUCUCCUGAGAUCCUCGGUGGAUAAUCUGCAUCCUGUGCUUUAAUGUGUUGAACAUGGCUUGUGAAGAAGGAGUUUAUCUUGUUUGUGUCACACGAGGUUUUUGGAGCAGGAGCACUGUAUCCAUAACACUGCACUGGGGAUGGGGUUUCUUCUGGUUUUGAUAAACUAGUAAAAAAAAAACCCCACAAAGUACAAACACCUUCCAUUGCCAUCUAAGUCCAUUCCUUUUGUUUGAUUCAAUGUGUUUUUGUUGGUACUGAAUGCAGCAAAUGUACUGAAUAAGAAGUGUUCAAAUGAAUCUCUAAACAAUCUCUUCCUGUCCUCGGUCUUUUGAAGCUUGAAAAUCUUGCAGUUUAUUUAUGGGCUUGUAUAUAGCAGCUCUUGCAAUAUUUUUUUCAGGACAGCAUCAUUUUGUCAACAGUAUCAAAUCUUAAUUGAACGGGACGUGAGUUUUAAAAAUAGGUAAUGUAGCAAGACUGACUUUGCCAGUAAGUAGUAAAAUAAUUUAGUUUUGUUGUUCUUUCCCCUCAAA